GGAUAGGCGAUGACACCACAGCCCAAAUUAUCGGGAAGCCCCUUGCGUCCCAUAAGUGCCCUACUUCUGACUCCGCCUUAGAGGAACGGCCUCUCCUAUGAAGGGGUCCUCGGGUUCCCUCGAUGCUCUGCUAUGGGUCUAUCACUACCACAGCUCCACGGAGGUGGCCCUCCGGCCUCCACUUCUAUGCUCCCUGGAGUUGGCCCUGGCUGCAGCCCAUGAAUAUUUGGAGAUCAGGAUGGAGAAGCUGAGGCCCCUGGGGCCUGAGGACCAGGACGGGGAGGAAGGGGAGCUGCCAGAGGAGAAAGGAAUGAAACUAGAGUCACGCGGCUCCCCAUCCUCUCCAGAACCCUCCUUGGGGCUGGUGCUUCGAGAGGCUAUGGGAAGUGCCUGGAGCUUUGGAACCACCUUACUGCAGAUCUCAGCCCUAUGGCUGCAGCUAGGAAGUCGGCGCCUCUGUGGCUGCAGCGGCCAGGUCCACGAUCCGAGCUCGGGGAACCCUGGGCACGCAUUGUCCCGAGUGGCUUUGGCUGCAGGGCGGGGCGUGAGAGAGGCGGGAGCCGCGGCCAAAGCGAGCGCGCAGCUCCUCCUCCGAGGGGCACGGUUCUGUUUGCCCGCAGGGUUGGGAUUUACGGGAAUUCACACUACCGCUGGAAGUCGGCUUCACUCCUACGGCCCUGGCGCAUUGGACCGGGCUGCGGGAAACGCAAACACUCCGGAGGGCUCGAGAUGAAACAGAGCGCAUGAAAGGGGAACUGUAGGCUCCCCGCCGGCACAAAUAAAGCAGCGGGCGAAACCGGGCUCUCCGCUGUUCUCUCGGAGCUACCCCUCCUCCCCAGGCUCUGCCUUCCCGCUCCCUGACUCCGCCCCCCUUCCUGCAGACUCAGUUUUCGCGCCCACCCCGAGACAACUGCUCUCUCCGGCCCAGCUUUCCUCUUGGCUCAUCCUUUCACUUCCCGUCCUCCUCUCCCUUCCCUUCCUCCUGGCCUCAUUCCCUCGGCUCGGAUCCAGCCUCUUGCCCCACUUACCUCC